AAAACUUAGUCUUUCUUUCCUACUUUAUUUAAUUUUCUUCUCUUUCAUACUAAAUCAGAAAAAGAAAAAAGUAAAAACAAACCCACUAAAUAUCUUGUUCACAUUUUUCUACCAUGAAAAGAAGCUUUCGUGAAGCAGAGAUCGAUAGCUUAUCCAUGGCUAAUUGCCUCAUGUUACUAUCACAAGGAAGGGAAAUUGUUUCUUUCCCUUCUUUUGAAGCCAUGAAAGGCACUAAUAUUAAUUCCUCAAAUCGUGUUUUUGAGUGCAAGACAUGUAAUCGUCAGUUUCCAUCUUUUCAAGCACUGGGAGGGCACCGUGCCAGCCAUAAGAAGCCUAGGUUAACGAAUGGUGAUGUAGGAAGCUUGGAGACUCAGUCAUCCCCAGCAAAACCUAAGACCCACGAGUGCUCUAUCUGUGGUCUAGAGUUUGCUAUAGGACAAGCUUUGGGAGGUCAUAUGAGGAGGCAUAGAGCUAUCAAUAAUGAUUCUUCUUCCCUGAGCACUCCUUCUCCAACUAGCAGUGCAGAAUUAAUGGCGGUGAAGCCUGCGGGCGUAGCGCCGCCUGUCAUGAAGAAAUCAAAUAGCAGAAGGGUUUUGUGCUUGGAUUUGAACUUGACUCCUUAUGAGAAUGAUGUUGAGUUGUUUAGGCUUGGGAAGACAGCUCCAAUGGUUGACUGUUUCUUGUAGAUCUUAUACACACUUGUAAAUUAAUUUGAGAUACUAUAUAUAUGUCAAAACCCUUUUUUUUCUGAUGUAGGAUUAGGGUUAAUUACAGAUCUUGUAUUUGUAUUUAUUCAUUUGUUCUUAGACACAAAAUAUCAUAGCAUAUAAAUGGGAAUUUCUUCUU